AUGUGCAGCAGCGAGGACUUCGCCGCGGUGGCCGACGCUCGCUGCGAGGACGGGCGGAGGACCUUCUGGUUCCGGGCCAAGGCGCCGUGCGCGGGUGGCGACCCGGCGCCUGCGCCGUACACCGAGCCCUGCGGCAGGUUCGGGGUGCGGCUCCUCGUGGCAGUCGUCGGGGGGCCCACGGCCCUGGUGCUGCUCCUGGCCUGCGGCUACCUGGCGCGCGUGAGGAGGAGGUACGCCAAGUACAUGGCGCUGGAGGGGCCCGGCCAAGAGCCGGCCAGCGGUCUCCUUGGCAUCUCAGAGACGCUGGAAGCCAUCUUGAGCAUCCUCGAGGCGGAAGAGGCCGCCGUCGCUCCCGCUCCGAAGGGGGACGAGGCGAGCCCGCCCGCGGCUGCGGGAGAGCCAGAGGAGGGUGGCCCCCUGAGCUACAAGGUCUCGCAGGGCGUGCUGUUCAUCAAGCGCUCGAAGGACCGACCCCCGCAGCAGGAAGAUCGUGAGGGUGGCGCGGCCGCUGGGCGCCGUCGUGCACAGCACUGGCAGGACGUGGACCGGGCCGGGCGGCGGCCGCUGGGCGGAGGUGGACCUGGCGAGGCAGGGGGAGCGCGGCUGGGCGCUGCUAGAGGGCGCCGGCUUUGGGAUCGCGGGCCCGGCGUUGGUCGACGCCGCGCUGGAGCUCAUCACCCUGCAGGUCUACCUGCUGGGCAGCCCCGAGCAGCCCAGCGGCGUCGUGUACGAGGCCCUGGCGUCGCCGGAGGCCUCCGUGGCGCAGGUCAAGUCGGCGCUGUCCGUGGCAAGGGGGCUCCGGCCAGACUUCUGCUUCGUGUCCAAGGAGAGCUCCCCGCCUUCGCCCCCAACAAGUCGGGCCAGCGGCUGAGCGCCGACUACAUGCAGGAGGCGAAGGACCACCAGACGCUCUCCGCCAUGGGCUUCACCCCCACGAGGCUGGCCACCCUGCUGCUCGUCUACACGGGCGACCUGCCGGCGAGCCUGGCGUGCCGCCCCGCGCCGCUUCCGCGGCGAUAGGCGUGACGCCCCGCCGCGCCCUCGGGGGGAACAUCCGGCAGUGGCGAGGCGUCGCUGCUUGCCUAUAGGCCAGCCGUGGGAUUCGGCUUUUGAAUUGUUGGCUUAUGUUCUAACUCCGUGUUGGCCUUCGAACAUAGUUUGGUCCAGGGCAAUUUCGUGGUAGGCCUACAGGGAUGCCGGCAAGGUCGGUCCCUGCUCAAGAUAAGGGAGCCGUCUGGCGUGCCUGCGGCGCGCGUGCCCGCGCGGCUAAAGACUUUGCUUUCGCACGCGCAGGCCUGCAGAAGAGAAAUCGGCCUGGUUGUUUUGUGCCG